AUGAAGGUUAGCCUGGAGAUUUCCGGAGAACAGAAGACGCAUCUCUACCAGCUGGUCGAUGUUCGAACAGUGAACCGUCUAGACCUUCCUCGACAGUCAAUCCACUACACGGAAAUGGUGAAGAAGUACCCUUAUUUGGGCGGACUACCAAUCAAGGAUUAUGAAGACGCUGUUCCUGAAAUCCUCAUCGGUAACGAUAAUUUACAUCUUGCCGCCGUGUUGAAGAUUCGCGAAGGCAAUCCUCAAGAGCCCAUCGCCGCAAAAACACGUCUGGGGUGGACCAUCUACGGAUCGGUGCCAGGCAGCAGUGAGAACACAUUGAGCGCCGGGAUGAACCUGCCUACGUCACGAGAGAUCCAGAGGGCAAAUCGCAUACUGGAGAGCUCGACGAAGCGGAUCGGGCAGCGCUACGAGACCGGCUUGCUUUGGAGGUUCGACGUGUUUGAGUUUCCGGAUAGCUAUCAGAUGGCCGUAAAACGAAUGGUGUGUCUUGAACGGCGCAUGGCGAAGAAUGUGGCUAUAGGAGAAAGCGUGAGGAAGCAGAUGGUCGAAUACCAGGAAAAAGGAUACAUCCACCGGGCGAUAGAAGCGGAAUUGAAGGAAGCGGAUCCAAGGAGGACUUGGUAUCUCCCUUUAGGAGUAGCCUUAAAUCCCAAGAAACCGGAGAAGAUCCGAAUAUUCUGUGAUGCUGCGGCUAUGGUAGAUGGAGUAUCUUUGAACUCCAUGCUUUUGAAGGGGCCAGAUCUCCUGAGCUCUCUGCCCGCCGUUCUAUUCGGGUUCCGAGAGAGACGCUACGCCCUCUGUGCCGACAUCAAGGAGAUGUUCCAUCAGAUCCGAAUCAAGAAAGAAGACCGGCACGCUCAGCGACUGUUGUGGCGUGAUUCCCCGGACGAAGAUCCAGCAGUUUACAUCAUGGACGUCGCUACCUUCGGCUCUACCUGCUCCCCUUGUUCGGCACAGUAUGUAAAAAACAUCAAUGCUGUCGAACAUGCAGCGGAGUUUCCAGCGGCAGCGGAGGCUGUUAUCAAGAAACAUUAUGUCGACGAUUAUCUGGACAGCGCGGACCCUAUCGACGAAGCAGUGCGGCAGGCUGAGGAAGUGCGAAUCGUUCAUUCCAGAGGAGGUUUCCAUAUCAGGAACAGGAUGUCCAAUUCAGAGAAAGUUCUUCGACGGGUCGGGGGACCCAGUACGGCUACGAAAAAGCACCUGAGCCUGGAUAAAAGCGGCGUAACGGAACACGCGAGUGAAGGAGCCUACGCCUGCGUAGCGUACUUCAGGGCUGUGUAUUGCGGAAAGGUGGAAUGUGCGCUGGUUGCGGCAAAAUUCAAGGUGGCCCCGUUGAAGUCCCUAUCCAUCCCUCGUAUGGAGUUGCAGGCCGCAAUACUGGGUGUACGGUUGAAAAAGAUGAUUCGCCAAGCGCACAGUUUACCAAUCGACGAAUGUUUCUACUACACGGACUCCAAGAGGGGCUGUCCAUAA